AGUUUGAUAGCUUGAAGGGUGAUGUUAAAUAUACUGUUCAGAUGUGAGACGCGGGGCAUGUGGGGCGCGCAGGCGGGGUGGUGGUGCGGCGCACUGGCGGCCGCGGCGCUGCUGCUGCUGCUGCUCGCGCUGCGCCGGCGCUGCGCUCGCACCAAGCAUAAGCGAGUCUGUGUGCACCAGGUGCACAUAGUCCGUUGUGUGUCAGUGGGCAGCGGUGGCCCGCAGGUAUCGUGCCCACCGCCUCCUGCCGUGCCCUCCCCCGCGCGUCUCGCCCUUGCCGGCGCCCCACCGCCGACCGACGAUCCACCUACACUUCUUAUAGUUCGCGACUCAGCACAGAACACUAUAGCAACUACGACCAGUGCGACAACUACGAACACAGCUACGACUGCUACGUCUACUACGACGACCUCUUUAGAAACACAACCUUCUUCUUCAGACUCUCAAACCGAAUUUAAGGGACUACCAAAACUCCCGUUACCGGAACAGUGGUUGCAUAAACGACCACUUGACUGCAAGUACUCUGCGACUAUACCACGCCCGCUCGCACAAAUUGUGAGCGAAUUAGGCGCUGAAUUGAACCAAGAAUCUCGCGCUAAAAAGUACAGCGCGACUCGUUCACCUUCCUUAGAAAAGGACGAUAAAUCCCCCUUCCUCGGUAGCGCGAAAUCUGAUAAAGAAGUGUUCGGUUUCGAACCGGACUCGGUUAAGAAGCUGGCGAGUGAAGAUCAGGAAGAUAUGAGCGAAAUGACCUCCCCAAAAGAUACGGGGGAAAGAAACCAAGAGUCGCCGGGGAACCUUAGAAGAUUUAGGUCUGUGAGCACGAGACUUAAUAUGUGCAGUGUCAAUGAAAACCCUCAUUUAGAAGGCCACCAGGAAAGAUUAGAGAUGCAGAAUUCCCCUAGGAUUUUAGAAUGUAGUUCUGCUAAAGAAAAGUCAUCUGCUCCCAAAUUUGAUUUUUCGCCAAAGCUCCUUGCAGACAGUUUAAGUUCCCCGCGCUUCUUCACUCCUCCAGAGAUGGUAUCGCCAGCUUUCUUUGCAGAACCAUCUCCAAAAUCGGUUUACUAUGACAGCGUCAGGUCUCCGAAAUUCUUUCCAGAAACGCCGCGCGAUGUUGAAGUACCCCAGUCUCCCAGGACUUUGAGCGACAACUUAAACAGAAGUAACGGCUUCGAAAAACCGAGUUCUCCUCGGGUGUUGAGCGCUAGACCUAGUCCUAAAAUCCACAGCUGUAACAAAGAAAACUAUUUUACAUUUGAACAAGUUAACCUUACCGAAGAUACGUCAAGAGCGUCUCCACGACCGAGAAAAUACGGAGGAAGAAAUUCUAUAGAACGAGAAAGGUUUACACCGCCUGCUGACAAGGAAGUGAAAAAAUACCGACGACAUAACAGCUGUGAAACUAAUUACAAAAAUGUAGAAUUAAAUAUAACAACGUGCGACGAUAAUAAAACUAAUGAGGACAAAGCUGUACUUAUAGAUAGUGACGUGGUAGACUGCUGUGCCAAAAUCGAAUCUCUGCGUGUUGACGCAGAGCCUGAAGACAAAAGCGAAUUGACGCCGACUCAUUCUAAUAGCGCACAAGCGCGACGACAAAGGUUGAAGUCUAUUUCACUGGACUCCGAUAAUGCGAAAAUAAUAGAACAAAAUUUAGGAUUACCUAUAGCUAAGCAGAUGAAAGAUCAAAUGAACGAAGCUUUUAAAAAUCAGGAUAUCAGUACUUCAUAUGAAAGUUUAGAAAGAAGAGAGGAUUAUCAGAAAACUCUGCCUAGAGAAAGGCCUGUGUUCAAAUUUGAAGAUGACAAAAAAGAUAAAGCUUCCGAAGAAGAGGACGAGCCCAAAUCGCCAGACUUAAAACAUAAAAAGAGCUUACGUCAGAGCUCUGAUACUCAAUCGUUUAUAGAUAUGCCCAGGUUUUCACCUAAAGAAUUCGAAAUAACAGUAACAUCCGAAGAGGGUGCAACAACUACUGCGGACACUCAAAUGAAAAAGAAAGGAAAGAAUCUGCGAAACCUUACAAUAGAUUUGACAAAACGAGACAGUGAGUUAGAAAAAGAGCUACUGGAGUUCGAGAAACUUUACACUGAUGCUGAGGAGAAGAAAGUUAAAACACCAACUUUAAAAGUCAAAGCUACCUCACUAGAUUCUUCUGAAACAGUCAACUUAUCUUUGCCUCAAAAGAAGACUUUAGAAGUUCCUCAAAAUUCUGUGUCUGUGCCUAACACUCCUAAAAGGCAACUGAAAAGAAUACUGGCACAAAAGAAUGUCAAACCUGAUUUCAUAGGAGGGAAACUUGGUUAUAAUACCUUACAAUCGAAUGCCGAACAUAGACGUUUGUAUAUGAAAGGACAAGACAGCGGUAUAUUCUUAAGAGAAAACCAUGCGUCAUUAAUGUUAUAUCAGCCUGGGCCUUCCCGUAUCGGAUCUCGCACAAUGAGUUCGUUCGAAGAAAACGUAGUUGACUUGGAGAAGGCACCAGAAAUAAACAUACUUGUAGCCGAUAAUCGGUACCAUAUAGAACCGGGGUCUACAUUAGGUUCUAAUUUAUUAAAUUAUAAGCAAAAUCUAAGUGUAUCCAGUACAAAUUUGAAAACCUUACCGGAAGGGGUACCUUCUGAUGAUUUCGAGCCGAACGCUGAAGAAGAAAAGUUCGGAAAGAAAUUGCACCGAAGGAACUCUAAUCAAAGUCUCAUGCUCAGUACGCAUAGCUUACAAUCUUCUAACUGCUCGCUGAACAGCGCAGGUGCAUCCUGCCAUAAUUUAGCUUCAGUACGGAAUAGCAUAUCAAAUUUUAGCCUUAAUUCUGACUCUAGGCAAAAGAAACUCUCAUUGGAACGCCGUGAUUCUAAUACCUCCCUAAUGAACACGGAACACUUAACGCCGACGACUCGUGUAAUUUGCUCUUCGAACACUAAUCUUUCUGGUGAAGUGUCCAAGAACUGCUUAUUGCAAAGGAGAGGAUCUAAUAAUAGCCUUACGUUAAACAUACAAUCUACGAACACACUGAGUCGACAUUCGAGCAACAGUUCCUUAAACAAAGAGGUGAAAUUAGGUCAGAAGAAAGGCUUGUUAGAACGAAGGAGUUCAAAUACGUCUCUGACAUUGAAUAUUAACACGUCGAAUCCGCAGUUGUCAGUCAACAGAGGUCUCAGUAUUUCUAACUAUAACUUGAACGGGUCUACGUGCAACUUGAGUAGGUACAAUAGUAACCACAGCAUUGAUAACGCACCAGGGGAACCCCGGAAAGGCAUCUUAGAGAGAAGGAGUUCCAAUACUUCCCUUACUUUAAACAUUCAACCUCAGGAGCCUAGAGACAUAGAAAUAGAUGAAAAUUUAAUAGAACCAAAGCUAAAAGAUCUACCUCAUAGAGAUAAACAUAGAAAAUCCCUAAGUACUGAGAAUUUGAUACCCAAAUCUUAUAAGACUCGUACUCGAUUGCGCUCUGAUGAGAAAUGCGUAGGCUUCGGCUCACACGAUAAUCUCUGGUCGACUUCUUAUCAAGAUCAAGAGUAUCCACAAAACUUGACAUACGUCUGUGGUGAUCAGGAGAACGAGAUCAUUUACGCAUUCGGAAGGCAGGAAGACCCCAAUUAUCAGGCUGGUUUCAUUAGGAACAUAACUACUAAGCCUCUAAGUCCUCAAAGCACUUCCGAGGAUUUCAGAUUGUAUUUAGCCAACAUGCAACAUUUACAAAACGCCUCCAGCGUACUUUCGCGGCAACAACUCCGGGAUCUGAAUGAUGUAUUCCAAAAUGGGUAUUCGAAAGUGAAGUGUAUUAGUACUACAGAAGGCCAACACUGUUGUUCGGGAAGAGUAGAAGAUAUGUCUAAAGAGAAUCCUCAGAUGGUCAUCCCUGAUCCUGUACACUCUCAGCCCUGUUCUGAAUAUCAGAAGAUGCUGCUGAGGAAUCUGCAUCAAGAGUUUUGGGAUAUGCCAACGAAUUUCCAAGAGAAACCAAUAGUCUCUGGUUCUCAUCCUAAAAAUAGGUACAAGACAAUUCUUCCAAAUGAACAUUCGAGAUUCAUUUUAAGAGGAUAUGCAGGUACAGGAGAAGGAUAUAUCAAUGCCAAUUUUAUUAAGGUUAGUACAAAAUGUUUUCAUCAAAUAUGCUAUUUGUACGUUAACUAUUCUGCUUGUGAAAUUGUGGUUUGUGGGUUCGAAUCUCGCAAAAGAGCAUUCUGUCAGAUACUUGAAAGUGUUUGCAUGAAAAAAAAAACAAAAAUAAAAAAAAUGUUUAUUAUAGAUCACAUUCACUUAUCCUGUCUACCACUAUUUCAAAACUGAUUUAAAUUAUAUAAUUCAAUACUUUGAUAAUGCCAAAGUUAGGUCUUUUCAUAUAGUUGGACUUUAUAGGAUCAAAAACGAAUAUUGUGACAUUAUCUUAUACAUACACAUACAACAUCUUUUAUUGUCAAACAGUAAAUAACAAGUACAUAACUAACAAUAAACAAAGUAUUUACUAAAUCUUAACAAUUAUAUUUCAGGGGCAUGAGUAUACCAAAAACAGCUACAUAGCUACCCAAGGCCCUCUCCAGAACACCAUUUAUGAUUUUUGGCUGAUGGUAUACCAGAACAAUAUGGAAUAUCAGACCCCACCUUCUUCACUGCAUACUGUCCAAAAAAUCGUCAUGCUCACCAAUUUCAUAGAGAAUAACAGGCAAAAGUGUGAAAAAUAUUUUCCCCUGGAGUUAGAUGAAGAGAUCUCCUUUGAGAACCCUGACGACUCAGACACUGAAGAAGGAGGAUCAAAUAAUGUUUUCGUGAUAAAAAACUGUGGUAUGGUCAAAAAAGAAGGUUAUACAAUAAGAAGGUUAGAUGUGAAAUACAAGUCUAAUGUCGACAGUGUUAGUAAAAUAGUGUAUCAUUAUUGGUUUCACAAUUGGGCCGAUCACAAAUGUCCCAAAGACGUGAACGCACUUCUCAACUUGAGUUUAGACGUUUUAAAAGACUCUAUGUAUAAUUUUGACGAGUGUAGUGAUACGAACGCACAGAUAUGUAGAUGUGAUAGCCCUAAAUCGGACUCUAAGUUUAUUUUCCCUCCCCUGGAUGCUGAGAACGUACCCUGUGAAGUGAAAGUGAAUGUGGCCACCCCCCUAGACUUUUCGGUAGAGCAGCAUUCCCCACCGACUAUAAUACAUUGUUCAGCUGGUAUCGGUAGAACGGGAUGCCUCAUCGCCAUACUCAACGGUAUAAAGCAAUUGAUAAACGAACAGAAAGUUGAUGUGCUCGGCAUAGUUUGCAAUAUGAGGUUGAACCGAGGUGGUAUGGUGCAGAAUUCUGAACAGUAUGAGUUAAUACAUAAGGUUUUAUGCUUGUUCGAGCAAGCUUGCUUGCCAAAAUUAUAGCUGAGUGAAGCUGAGCUGACAUUUUGAUAAACAACUUUUUUCUUAGUGAGAAUUUAUGAUAUGUAAAAAUUUUAUUCAGGGUAUAUUUUUGACGUUGUAAAGGUUUCCAUUUUAGGGAGGGACAUACAAUUUAGUUCUAGGUUAUUAUAUAGUUGAAAUAUUGAUUACAUAGUGUUUUUAUACCACCUUUUAAUUACAUUUACAUUAAUAAGCCACACUUAAUAAUUUUAGGAAAAUUAAAUGCAAACGACUUUUUAAUUCAUAUAUAUUGAAAUGACAAAAACUAAAGCCUAUCAUAAAAUCUAUUUUAUCUUGUACAAUCUAAAAAAUAAUUUUGUUGUUGAAUACUCAAGGUCUCAUCAUAAUUUUAAUAUCAAAAUGUUGGCUAUACCAAUUCUUUAAUAAAACAUUAAUGUUCUCAG